AAGUGUUGAGAAGAUGUCGUUGCUCGUUGAAACCGUUCGCGAGUGUAUUAUCGUAGCAUCGAUUAUAAAUCCUCUCAUCGAACGCGAGAGGUAUUUGCGCGAACUCGUGGCUAAUAACGAUGAGUGCAAUUAUUUAACGUUUUAUAGUUUCGAGGCCUCAUGCAGUAGUACUCUGCUGGGAAUGCUAUUUGCAUGUGGGCAUUUUAAAAGCGAUCAGCGACUUUGUGAAAUUGCUGUGGAUAUUGUGGAAGCUCGAAGAUUGUUCGGAGAAAAUGAACCAGACAUCGGUAAUCACGUCCGUGACAUGUUCCUUACUUCAUCUCUUUCUCAAUGCUUCUGUCGAAAACGAAGAGCAUCGAAAGAGCUUUUCCCUGAACAGACAAUCUCACCGCCCGCAUUACGACAUUCCAACAACGAAAAAGUAGAAGAAACGUUGAGGAAUGACACUACCCACAGUUCAUCAGCAGUCUCUAAUUACACAACCCGUGAGGAGAUGCAUGAUAUUGAGGAAGCAUCGGCUGAAGAGGCACAACACAGCCGUCUCCACGCCAAGCCCUUCGACAUUCGUUUCUUGUUCGAAAACUAUCACGUAGUGCAACAGGGUGGAGGGGGCGAACAGUCAGAUUUCCAUGACGUAGACAAGCACAACGAAAAAGAAGAGGAGGACGUUAUAGGAGAAGGAGGGGAACAAUCGAACGCACCAGAAACCACCCUAAUUAGAGCUAAUAUUAGCGAGACCGACUAUAAACUUAUUCAAAUUUAUGAUGAAAGGAUGUGUAAAUUUAGAAAAUUUAAUAUUCUCGGUAGGGAAGCGCGCAUCAAAAUUAGGCCUCCCCCCGACGAUAACGAUAUCGUGCUUUACCUCGAAAAUGCUUUCCGCGAAAUCUAUGCCUACGCUGUUAACUCGGUCGGUCUAAACGACUACGUCGGGUUAUCGUUUGCUUCAGCAGACUUAACUCGGAGACCUGCAGGUUUAUCGUUUCGCCCAGCACGUGACUUGAGCUAUGGAGAUAUUUGGAAUCUUGUGAGCUCGCUAGUUCAAAGCGCUGGAGGUCACGAUAUACUGGAGCAUUUUACAGUUAAUGUUUUCAAUGUCACGUUACCUUCGGGGCAAGGCGCAAAACCGAACAAAUUAACGCAUGAAGGGGUUGCGAAACGUUCGAUCCUUAUUAUAAACAAUAUAGAUAAUCUAUGUUUCCCGCGUUCGCUUGUAGCUGCAAUGAUUUAUAGCGAACGCGGGAAUGUGCGCACUGGGGAGCUUCACGCAAAAUGGAAUACUGUGAGAAAACAGAAUUCUGUGAUGCAGCAAGAGCUAGCACUCGAACUCACGCGGAAAGCUGGCGUUUCUAUACCCGAUGAAGGAUGUAACAUUCCAGAGUUCGAACGUUUCCAACUCCAUCUCGCAAGGUACGAUACGACGAUCAUUGUUUAUAAUUUUAGGUCUUUUGCUCGUGGUGCGCCACCGUUAUACGAUGGCAGCGGGGUGCUCGUCUCUCUAGGUCGCGCGAUUAGACAUAAACUAAAUAUCAUGUAUUACGAACGCAGUCGCCACUUUAAUCCAAUAUUGAAUUUAAGAGCUGCUAGUGGAAGUAGGGGCUAUUGCGUUCGUUGCAACCGUGGAUAUAAACCUGAAAAGGGACAUCGGUGUUCAAAUGCGUGUCUCCGGUGUUUCGCCGUUCCGUCGUGUGAAGAAACGGUUCAACUAAUCCAUUGUAGCAUGUGUCAACGGGCGUUUUACGGUAGCGCAUGCUUCGAACGACAUCGAGCCCCAAAGUCAUACAACGUCGAGACAACAUCGAGUGUCUGUAGCAUUCUCCGGAUUUGCAAUAAAUGCGGUCAUUUACAAAACUCAAGAAAAAAACAUAAAUGUAGUAUGAUUUAUUGUCGUAUUUGUGUGUCGUCAAAACCACUGAACCACCUCUGUUUCAUACGCCCGCUUCGUCACACCGACGGAUUAUCGAAAAAUCCAACGCGAGCGGAAAAUACUAGUGAAACUGCAACUGAAACGGAGGAUGAAAAUAAUAAGAACGUAGAAACAUGCAAACGGAAGAAAGGUCGCGUCGCAUUUGUGUUUUAUGAUUUUGAGACACGGCAGGAUGAUGUGGUCGAAGGCAGCGAAAAUGUUAAAACGCACGUGGUUACACUUUGUGUCGCACAGCAAAUAUGUGAUUCCUGUAUAGAGAUAGACGACAUGACGGUGCGUUGUCGUUGGUGUGGUGUGCGUGAAUUAAUAUUUCGCAAUGAUCCGGUGAAGCAAUUUGUCGAUUUUGUCACGAGACCAACGAAGAGCUUUCAAACAGAUCAUAUGCAUAGCACAUAA